AGCAGAUAAAGAAUGCACAGUGUAUAUAAGCACUGGAAAAAUACAUUUUUGUAAAGUAUUAAUUAUAUUUGUGAUUAGUCCACUUCUACCAAUAAGUUUUUUGUCAAAAUGGCUCAAUACAACUUCAGAGGAUUUAUGGCACCGGUGUUUACAGCUUUCAACAAUGACGAUAAUAGGAGUAUCAACAUUGAUGUCAUACCCACAUACGCCGAUUAUUUAUUAGAAUGUGGAAUUCACGGAAUAUUAGUGAAUGGUACAAGUGGAGAAGCUAUGAGUAUGACCGUGGCAGAAAGGAAAAUCUGUGCUGAAAAAUGGUCUCAAGCUUGCAAACGAAAUGAACAAUCGUUAAUGAUACAAGUAGGAGGCGCAGCAUUACCCGACGUUCUUGAAAUGGCUGCGCAUGCAGAGUCUCUAAAUGCAGAUGCCAUCCUGUGUCUGCCUGAAUUGUAUUUUAAACCUACAAAAACUCAACAGUUGAUCGAUUACAUCAAACUUAUCAGUGCCGCUGCGCCCAAAACUCCGAUAUUCUAUUAUCAUGUACCAAUGUUUACUAAUGUAACAAUCAAUAUGGUCGAAUUCAUGCGUGAUGGUAUGAUGCAAAUCGAAAAUCUCCGUGGAAUGAAAUUUACUUCAACAAAUUUAGAAGAGGGUGCGGCAUGCUUGACACUAGAAAAAACACCAAUAGUUUUUCUAGGUGCUGAUACAAUUAUGGCAGGAGCAUUUCAGUUAGGAUUUGAUUCUGUAAUAGCUACUACUCUCAAUAUGAUACCUAAACCAAGUAUAAAUAUGAUGAACCAUGUAAGAGAUGGCAACUCGAGUAUGGCUCUGAAAUGCCAGAGAAAACUUACUGAAGCUGUUGAUAUAAUUACUAAAAAUGGUUCUUGGGUUUCCACAAUGAAAGUAGCAAUGAAUUUAAUGACUGACUUAGAAUUUGGGCAACCUAGAGCUCCUCUAGAUAUUUUAUCAGAUAAGCAAAUUAAACAGAUGCAAGAUGAAUUGCAGCAUGCUGGUUUCUUGAAGAAUUAAUUAUGUAAUAUAAAUAUUUUUAUAAAUUGUAUUUCUGCUUUAUAUCUUUCUGAUGUUAUUUUAUU